UCGCUUGGUUAACAACGUUAUGAAAAUACACCUGGUAAGCUACGAUCUUACGAUCUUUUUACGAUAUAAGGUUUAUGUAGAUUUACCGAUAAAUAAUUCUUAUUUCUCUUCAAUUACAAAGUAAUAAUUACCUAAAUUGAUCAAAAGGAAGAGCUGGCGUUUAUAAAGUCUGUUUGUGCAAUUUUCGUAUUAAAAUUAAAUUACGUUUGUAAAUUUGAUAUUCAUCCCGGAAAAGAUAAAAAAAAAUAUUUAGUUUUCCCCCUCAUGUGACCGCAGUUUUGGUAGUCAUUUAUUAUCUUCAUAAUAAUCAUUUACUCAAAGAGGAAGAUGAAAUAAUAAUUUGAUUGUCACAGCUUGCUGUUUGACUUUCUGUUUUUUUAAAUAGUUCUUUGUUUUUUAUUAAUUAUGCAAGGAACUGUUUGUAAUUGAAAUAUAUUUUUGUGGUGAUUAGAUUAAUUAGUGAAGAAUAUAAUUAAUUAAAGAAAUUACAACCUUUAAUCUCAAAACAUAACAUUUAAUUUUUAAAAAAUUAAGAGGGUUAAUUAAAGAAAGUCUUUGAUCUCAGUAUCAGAACAAGCUUAGAUAUAUUAUAAAAUGGGAUAUUUAGUUUUCAAUUUUCAGUUCAAAUUAUUAUUCAAUGUUACAACCAUGUCAGAUUUUUUAUCCUGGGACCAAGAUAUUGAUCUUGAUCUUUUGUUAGGUGAAUAUACUGAGUAUGAUCCAGAACCCAGUGACAGUGAUGAAGAAUGUAACAUUGCCAAAAAGAAAAAGUCUGAACCUGUACCAGAUACAUGUAUUAAACCUUCCUACACUUGUCCUGUUUGCAAAAAGACUCUGAAAACAAUUUCAGGCUUCCGUGGUCAUGUCCAGAAACAACAUGGACAGAAUUUAAGAGCAACAGACCAUCGCACACAUGCAGAUAGUAAACUACCUAGCACAGUCAAUGACGCCUUAAAUGAAAGUUCAUUUGCUGAAAUAUUCCCUACAGCUUUGCAGUCCAGUUUGUCCAACAUUGCUAAUGAUCCAUUUACCUUCAAUGACAGCAUAACAGACAUUUGCAAAUUUGUGACCAAUUCAGCAGUAGUGCAAGACAUUUUGUUGAAAUAUUUUCAGCCGAUAUUUGUUGAAACUACAAGCAACAUAUCUUCCUCAUGUGACAAAGAGCAAAUGUUUCGCCGUUUACACAUAAGUAGAGUUAAGCCAGAAUUGACAAACACUUUUCAUUCGCAUUGUCCAUCUCACUCAUUGAACUAUACCAACUUAUUCCUACAGAUGGUACAUGAGGAUAUUGUUGGUGAAAUUUUUAAAGUUCAGACAAUGACAGCUGUUCAGAAAUCUAAAUCAAACCAGGAAAAGUUAACAGAAAAUGACCAAAGCAUUCUUUAUUAUAUUGCUGGUUACACCAUUCGUGCCCUACAGAAGAGAUACACCAGGUACUCUACUAAGAAGUUGUCUGUCAUAAACAAAUUUACAGACAAUUCUUCGGGUGUUAACUUUGUGAAACAAUAUGACAAGUGGUACAAGACACAAGACCGUGGUGGCCUUCAGAAACCAUCAGAUUCCCUGUUUUUAUUAAUCCGUGAAUUAGAGACAAUUAUUCGCAAAACAGUUGAACCUUCAUAUAGUGCUACUUCGCUUCUUAUUGAUCCUUUAAAAGAAGCUAUGAUGGAAGGGUUCAUGGUAAAACAUUAUUGUGACAUUCUUAUGCAAGGUGAAACUGCAGAUAUUGUGUCAGCUAUAACUGAAGACAUCAUUCAUUUGUUUUUAACCAUUCGUGGCUUUGCUGUUACUCGCAUAGAACGCAAUAAACUGACCAAGAAAGCAAAAUCUCAACCCUCAUCCAGUCUAAGACAAGCCUUAAAGGAGAAAUCUUUAAACUGUUGACACUGAAAUUUAGUUUUGUUCUGUUCAAACAUGAAAUAUAAUUAUUUAAACUGUUUCCACAUGAUCUUUAUGUAACUGUUGUA